CGCGGGUCGAGCGCCAGCGGGAUCGCGUCACUGGUGCGCGCCGCGGGUCCGGGCGCGAUGGCGGCGCUGGGCGGGGAUGGGCUGCGCCUGCUGUCGGUGUCACGGCCGGAGCGGCAGCCCGAGUCGGCGGCUCUGGGUGGUCCGGGCCCUGGGCUUUGCUGCUGGGUGUCAGUGUUCUCCUGUCUCAGUCUUGCCUGCUCCUACGUGGGCAGCCUCUACGUCUGGAAGAGCGAGCUACCCAGGGACCACCCUGCCGUCAUCAAGCGGCGCUUCACUAGCGUCUUGGUGGUGUCCAGUCUCUCGCCCCUCUGCGUGCUACUCUGGAGAGAACUCACAGGCAUCCAGCCAGGCACAUCCCUGCUCACCCUGAUGGGCUUCAGGUUGGAGGGUAUUUUCCCAGCAGCGCUGCUGCCCCUGCUGCUGACCAUGAUCCUUUUCCUGGGCCCACUGAUGCAGCUCUCUAUGGAUUGCCCAUGUGAUCUGACAGAUGGGUUGAAGGUUGUCUUAGCCCCUCGCUCCUGGGCCCGCUGCCUCACAGACAUGCGUUGGCUGCGGAACCAAGUGAUUGCACCCCUGACAGAAGAACUGGUAUUCCGGGCCUGUAUGCUGCCCAUGCUGGCGCCAUGCACGGGCCUGGGCCCUGCCGUGUUCACCUGCCCACUCUUCUUUGGAGUUGCCCAUUUUCACCACAUUUUUGAGCAGCUUCGUUUCCGACAGAGCAGCGUGGGGAGCAUCUUUCUGUCUGCAGAAGAGCAUGCAGCUGUGGUCACUCGAGGCCUCCCCGUCUCCAGCGUUCCAGUUCUCCUACACAGCUGUCUUCGGUGCCUACACUGCUUUCCUCUUCAUCCGCACAGGACACCUGAUUGGGCCGGUUCUGUGUCACUCCUUCUGCAAUUACAUGGGCUUUCCUGCCGUGUGCGCUGCCCUGGAGCAUCCGCAGAGGCGGCCCCUCCUGGCAGGCUAUGCUCUGGGUGUGGGACUCUUCCUACUUCUGCUCCAGCCCCUCACGGACCCCAAGCUGUACGGCAGCCUUCCCCUUUGUGUGCUUUUGGAGCGGGCAGGGGACUCAGAGGCUCCCCUGUGCUCCUGACCCCUGCUCCUGACCCGUGCUCCCAUGAACUCUCAAGGGCUCCCCAGCCCCUCCCCACCAAGGGGUACUGCAGGGGAGGAGCUGGCUGGGGUCCCCGAGAUCUCAGGAAUUUUUGUAGGGGAUUGAAGCCAGAGCUAGUUGAAUCCCAGGGACCAAGAAAAAGGAGCAGAUAUCCAAAGGGUGCACCCCUCCAAAGGAGGUUGAGGAGCAGCUGGGAGUGAGGGGACAAGGGGCAGGUCCCAGGAGCCGUGCACUCCCUUCCUCACUUUGGACUGCUGCUUUUCUGAGCUCCUCUGCCCCCCUCUGCCUCUGAAAAGCUGCUCGGGGGUGGAAUUUACAAAAUCCCUCCCCCCAACUUCCCAGGGUUUUCUCAUUGUCUUUUUGCAUCAGGACUUUGUAUUGAGAUAUUAAAGAGAUUUAACUUGGGUAA